AUGACGCAAGAGUUCAACGUUGGCGCAGCUAUUGAAUACACCCUUGCAGAUCAUACCAAUAAUAUUGGCUCUUUGCUUAUUACCAUUUAUGGAAAGUUAAUAUUUCUCGUGGUGACACGCAUACAUUUAUAG